AUGCAGUUUACAAUCAAUCGUCGUUUAUUGAGAAACAAUUGCCUGUUUUUUCUCAGCGUAUUCUUCAUUCUUGAAUUUAUUCAUUUGUCGUUUUUUAAACGACAUGACUCAUUUUCCAAAGAGAUUAAGCUUCCAUCGAUAAAUAUUCUCUCCAACAAUAAAUAUCAAAAAGCGUCGCCAAAUACAAAACUUUUUCAACAUUUACAGCCGUUUUAUUACCCUAUUUCCUGUCAGAAUUUAUACGAAAGUGACUCGGAUGAGUUAAAACAUGCGCUCGCGCUUUUAGCUGAUAUAAAAAAUCCAUCUAGCAUUGCCGAUCAGUCGUAUAAUAUUACGAAAGAACAAUGUCAGAACUAUCGUUCGGAACGUUUUAAUGAACAAUUUCAUCAUGAAGACACGCCGAUAAAUCGCAAGUUUCCUUUAGCAUUUUCGAUUCUCAUGUAUGAAAAUGUCGAACAAUUUGAACGUCUUUUACGUAUCCUCUACCGUCCACAAAACGUCUACUGCGUUCAUGUUGAUAAAGACGCCACAUCACACGUUUUACAAGCUGUUAGAUCCAUUGCUCAAUGCUUUGAUAAUGUCAUUCUCGCAAGUAAACAAGAAAAGGUUCUUUAUGCAACGUUCUCGCGUUUACAAGCAGAUAUCAACUGUAUGGAAGAUCUAAUCAAAUAUCCAUCAUGGAAAUAUUUACUAAAUGCUGCUAAUUCUGAACUCCCAUUGAAAACAAACAGCGAAUUAGUUAAAAUUCUGACUAUUUAUCGUGGAUAUAAUGAUAUCGAAGGACGCUGGAAAUCAAGAAAUGUGCAUCGAACAGAAUACAGUUGGCAAGUGAUUGAUACAGCCAGUGGAAAUCAGGAACAAGUACCGCAAAUACGAAAAACUGAUGAAAAGAAAAAACCGCCGCCUGGAAAUGUCGAAAUUGUUAAAGGAUCAGCUUAUGGUGCUUUUUCGCGAGCUUUCAUUGAAUUUGUUCAUACGAGUUCAAUAGCAAAAGAAUUAUUAGAUUGGUCGCGUGAUACAUACAGCCCUGAUGAACAUUAUUGGGCAACAUUGAAUUAUAAUACACACUUACAUCCUCCGGGAGGUUAUAAAGCAAAAAGUGAUCCGACUAAUUGGACAGCACGAUUCGUGAAUUGGGGCGAACGAAAUUGUUACGGACGUAUAAUACGUGGUAUAUGUGUCUUUGGUACAGUUGAUCUACCGACCUUAUUCAAUCGUCAUGAACUAUUCGCAAAUAAAUUUCACAUCAAUGCUGAUCCUAUUGCUUAUCAAUGUUUAGAAGAACUUCUAGUAAACAAAUCGAAGCUUGAUCUGCCAUUGAACGACGCGACAUUCUAUCGUCAAAUGCCAUUUUUGUUACCGACUUAA